AUGGAUUCACCACCGCAUCGUGACAUCCGAGUGUAUCGUGACUUUCUCCCACUACCGCUUAUCGGUCCGCCAAGAGGGCAUGGACCGCCUCGCCAGAAUUAUCCAACACAGAACAAUAGACAACCUUUGCUAGGUUAUAGGACGGAUUCAUCAGUUGAGUCUGAUCCGUCAGAAUACGUACCGCCGACUGUGCAGCCAAAUCAGUACUGA